AUGCGGUUCGGCAAGGCCUCUUUCAACGGUUCGAUGUUCGGGAAGCUCUUCCCCGUGGACACCUGGGUCCUGGCGGUGUGCCUCGGCGGCGCCAUCACGAUGUCGACCUACCAGAUGUUCCUCCACGCCCGGUACGACCCUGACAUCGUCUGGCACCAGAACGACCGCGACGCGGACGGAUCCGGCACUGACAAGGUCCUCGCCGCGCGAUCGGACGCGUACGAGAAGCAGCAGGAGUCGAACACGUACCGCUCGAACGUGUUCCGUCGCUUCGCGGAGCUCCGCAAGUCGUCGACCAUCAACCCUGCCACUGGCCGCUCGUCCUGGAGCACCAACAUGUGGCCCAGCAACGUCUCGAUGCAGCACUAG